CAUCUAUGCUAAUAUUACAAAGUCAUAGAAGUUAAGUCCUACAUCUGCACUUUGAAGAGGGAGCUUGAGCAGAAAGAAUACCUGAAUGCCAACUCAUCUUACUAAUGAGAACACCUUCAAUCUACGUUGGACAAAUAAGCCGUGACAACACGCUGGUACGCAUAUCUGUGUGUUCAUAUCUUUACAGACAUAUACCCUUUUGCUUUGUGUGCUGCGUGUUUUACUCAUUCACAAUGCUCCAGCAUUCCGCGGUGGUAGCGCCUCCCAUUAUUUUGGUUUCAUUACUUUCUACACCCAUUCACUGCUUCACCGCGCGCGCGCGGUUACAAUGUUAUCUUGCUAUCAACUCAUACUUGCUUCCCCUAUCUUCAGUGAUACGGACAUCUUGGAAGUCAACUCAAUUCACUCCGUGAUACGAUCGAUCCUUUGAAGAGUCGAAAGUAAGGACACAAUCCCGCUUCAUCAGCACGAGAGGUGACAUCAAUAUCGAUGUCAUCUCACCCCUGUUCAUCUUCCUUGUCCAAGAAGGCAUCUUUGUUGACGAAAAGCGGGCUCCAGGACGAUUCUCAAGAUUGGUAAUGUGUGUCUAAUUU